GUGGUGUUGACGUCUCCCUUACGUAAGGAAGUGUUUUCAAUGAAAAGAUAUAUGAACCGUUUUAUCUACAAUAUACUUUAAAAAGAAAUUUUGAAUAUUUUUUUUCUAAAGAGACACAAUUAAAUUUUGAAAUAACUAAUGUAGUGAUAACAUCUACGGUGUGUGUUAAAACAAAAACAAAAUAUAUAUGUUUAGAGGAAAAGUAUUUCAGAGAUCGUUGGAUACAUAUAAUAAAUAAUAAAAAACAGACAAUACGCUUAGACGAAGACGAUGGGUUGUUUACUUACAGUCGGUAGAAUAUUUUGUGUUGUCGUCAAUUUAUUGUUUUUGAUAAUUGGACUAAUUCUAUUUGCUGUUGGACUUAUUGUAAAGUUUGGGGACAGUUUACUCAAAUCAUAUUAUCAACCAAUCAUAGACUCUCUUGAGAAGUCAUUGCAAGAUGCAGGAUAUUCAAAUGCCACCCUCGACUUCAGUUUAUCUGACAUAGUUGGAAACCUGGCUCUUGCUUUCAUCCUCACUGGAUUAUUUUUAUUGAUAUUGACUAUAUUCGGACUUGGUGGGGCAUGCUGUAAAGUAAAGUGUAUGCUGAUUAUUUACGUUGUGAUGCUGUCAACCGUACUUGCAGGACAAAUUGUAUUCAUCAUAAUCUUUUACGCUAAACAAGAAUUGAUAUCUGAUAAAAUAAAGGACAAUUUGAAACCCGCUAUCCAGACAGAUUUCCAGGGUUUGAAUGGAACCAAUGUCGUAUCUCUAAGUUGGAACUUUGUUAAUCAGCAGGUGAAGUGUUGCGGAGUUGAUAGCUACAGUGAUUUUACUGGCGCUUCUCAGUGGAUUAUAAAUUAUUCCGGUUAUACAUUACAGACCCCGCUAAGCUGCUGUAAAGAACUUCCAUCUUCUGGUGAUUUCUCGUGCGCAUCGUCACCUACAGACGCUACUAAUUAUUGGAAAACGAGUUGUUUUGACGAACUGUGGAAUAAAGUAAUAGGCAAUGUUGCCAUUACAGCAACGGUGUUGGCAGUUGGGGCGGCAAUUCAGCUUCUAUUAAUUAUAGUAGAAUUUGUGAUGUUUAUGGAUGUAAGAAAAAACAAAGUAGACAUGAAAGGAUGAUAGAGCUUUAUCAACCAACGAUAAGAAGAAAAGCUGUGAUAUACAGAUUAUAUACAGUUCAUUUUUGUAUUUGUGACAUAAUAGCUAGGUUCAUUUCUCAUCAAAUUAUGAUUCAAGGAUUCUUGAAUGCCUGUAUAUAGUUUUCAAAAAAAUGCAAUUAAGACGAUCCCUGUUCUCGGGUGAUGUUAUCAUGCAUGUGUUUGCAUAAUCUAAAUUAUAAGAUGUCUUACAGUGAAAAGAAGAAAAAUGUUUACCUCUAAACCUUUUAUGCAUAUAUAAAUGUAAGUUUUGUCCUUCAUUUUUAUGUCAUUAUUCACUCAACCUACAAAACUCAUAAAUGCAGGUUUACAAAUUAUUUUCUGCAUUAAUUGACAUAAACACAAGUAUGUAACAACUAAAAAGUUGAAUCUAAAAUGGUAUACAUACCUGUCCUACUAAGAUUGUAGGAAAGACCAUUUUAUGGACGUCAGGAUUUGACCUUAUUUUUACGGAAAUUCGGGAUUUACACACUUAUCAGGACUCAGGAAUCAAUUAAUAUUUUUCGGAACCCAGUGAAAGAAUGCUUUAUUUUUGGAGAAUUCAGGAUUCAGCAUUAUUUUUUUCUGGACUUCGUGAUGAAAUCCCCUUCUAUCCACCCUAACCGAAUUUAGAGACUGGUGUUGAUGUCUGAAACUACAAAAUGGCAUAUUUGUUUGAUACAUUGUUCUUUUAUUUUGUUUUAUAAUAAUUAAUUUUGCUUACCUAACCGAGUCUUUAUCACUUUAAAUGGACUUUUCGUACCAAGGGUUAUAUCCACUCAGCAGUAAGUAACAAUAUCAUUGUUAGAAAACAACACGUUGAUUCGAUUCAAUCUGUCAUAAUUAGGAUUAAAAAUAGUUACUUUGUUUUUAAAAUGAUAUUUGAGCACAGUUGUAGAAACUUUUGAAAUUGUCGCGAGAAGGGCACUAAAUAUACAUUCUAACCCUAACUUUAGUGUUCAUGGGUUGAUUUUUAUAAUUUAAUUUGAAGUCUUACGGCAUUUAGACUGUUGCAGGAAUUUAUUAUUUGCUGAAAAAUUAUGUUAGUUUUACAAAACAUUAAGAUGCCUACUUUCGCAUGCUACAUUGACCCCCGUAUGUCUAUUUUGUUAGGUACAUUGAAGGUAACCCCCAAAAAUGCUGAAAUUAUAGAAAAGUUAUCUGACCUAAUAGUGGUCGUUCUGUUAUAAAUUUGAUUCCUGAUGUCUCCAGUUUGUAUAAAUUUAUGCUACCAAAAACAAUUGAUUUCCCCAGUGACUGUUGUGAAAAAAAUUCCUUUAUAUAUAUAGUAUUACUUUUUGAAAGUUACCCUUUAGAUAAAUGCUUUUUCUAACGAUACAUUGCUGCAAUAUUGUGUUACAAGUUUUAGUUAUUAUAAUAUAUUAUGAUCUUUUAACAUUACUGUACAUCAUUAUUUAAUUUGUAUAUAUUAUAUAGUUUUUUUUAUCUGUAAAAACAAAGUUUCAAAUAAUUACGCAUAAGUUGAUUUUGUUUUAAGCAUCAUUUUUUUUUAUUGUUGACACUGUCUGAUAUUGUUACAUUUCAAUGUUUGUAAUUCGUGCAUUGUCUGCUGGCAGACAUCAUAUAUAAUACUGUUGUGACUCUCUCAUCCAUUGUUACAAUUAUUAGCCUUUAAAAAUAUUUUGUUCUAUAAAUGUUGCUUUGUUACUAACUUGUUUUACCUUGAAUUAGAGCUAAUGAUGAAUGAUACUACAUUCAUGCAUUUUAUUUACACAUGUUUUUCACAUAUAGCUGUUUUUGAUAAUGCUUUUUUCACAUGUAGCUGCUUUUUAUAAUGCGAGAACAUUGAAAAUGUUUUUAGUUUUUGAACAAUUGAUUUACUAAGUCCUUUUGUCUAGUAGUCAGCACUUCUUUGUUGACAUGAACUAUCAUUGAUAUGGUCAUAAUUACAAAUUAACUCUAUACAAAACAAGAACUUUUCGAAAUACUAAGAAUAAUCUACCACAGAAAUAGAUUACCUUAGUUGUAUUUUUCAAAACCUUUCGGAAUUUGGAUCCACAAUGCUCUUCAACUUCGUUCUUUAUUUGGCCUUUUUCUUCAUUCGAGUGUCAAUGAUGAAUCUUUUGUAGACGCAACGCGCGUCUUUAGUACAAAAUUUUGAGCCUGAUAUCUAUGACGAGAUGACGAUAUCCAUGAUAGAAAAUGAAUUGCAGAUAUAUGUUAAGUAUUCGCUUUCACUUUGUUAGAUCCUUCGUGGAUAGUUGUCUCAUUUUCACUAAUACCUCAUCUUAUUAUAGAAAGACUGAUGCACAUCCAUUUUAGUGUACUACGAAUUGAUGUUUGUUUUCACGAACAUCCUACAAAAUCGGGUUCAUAUCAGUUUAGCAUAUUCUUUAAACAUGUUAAAUCUUGUUUGUUUAAUUUCUACUUAAAGCAAAUUUCAUUCAAUUUAACCUUGUUAAAGUUCCAGUCUACUUUGUGUUUUUGAAAAUAGAUGUUUUAUAUGGUCAAUACAUAUUUUUAUGGACAAUAGGUGAUGUGAUGUUUGCGUCAGUGAGACACCAACUAAACAACGCAAAGAAAUAAAGGACAUUUGGAGGUACAAUGCUGUCUUUAGCAAUAAGUGUCUUUACAACAUCUAAAUCGCUCCGAAUAUGGCCAGUUUAUUAAUAUUGGAAGGAUGAUAAAAGAUCUGCCAUCAUGAUACUAUAAUAAAGUAUGGAUUUACAGUUUUUAAAUUUG